CUCUCUCCUACUUCUACUUCAAACGAUCAUCAUGAAGGAACUCUGCCUCCGGCCGCGAGCGGCGGGCUGCCGCCGGCGGAGGUGAGGGAGGUGUACGGUAACGGCCAGAUCUUCGACAUUACCCACGGGCUGAAACCCAACCUGUGCAAGUUCGGUUCGGCCGGCGGGGUGGGCCCGGUGUAUACGCUGGUGCAGAGCAUAAAGAACGGCUCGGAGGUUAACGAAGGCGAGAUCAACCGGUUGGGGACCCACACCGGGACCCACGUCGACACGCCGGGACAUUUCUACCAGGACUACUACGACGCCGGCUAUACCCUCGAGUCCCUCGACAUGGCCGUCCUCAACGGCCCAGCAUUGUUGGUUGAUGUUCCCAGGGACAGUAACAUUACUGCUGAAGUUAUGAAGUCGUUGCAAAUCCCAAAAGGAACCAGGCGUGUGUUGUUCAGGACUCUGAAUACCGAUAGGCGUUUGAUGUACAAGACGGAGUUCGAUUCGAGCUUUGUCGGGUUCAUGGCCGACGGGGCACAGUGGCUUGUGGACAACACAGACAUCAAACUUGUUGGAGUUGAUUACAUAUCUGUUGGUGCCUAUGUCGAGGAUGGUCCGGCUCAUCUAGCUCUCCUGAAGAGCAGGGUAAGAGGAAAAGAGAAGAAGAAGAAGAAAAAAGAAAUUGGAUUCUACUUUUCACUAUUGAUCAACGUGUGAAAUGACACAGCUUUGUUCUCUGUUUGUUCAAGGAAAUCAUUGUCGUUGAAGGCAUGAAGCUUGAUGACGUUGAAGCUGGGCGGUACAAUGUUCAUUGCUUGCCUAUCAGGCUGGUUGGAGCUGAUGGAGCGCCAGCAAGAUGCAUUCUCAUCAAGAACAAGCUCUAUACCACCACGAGUUUUGAAUCCGGAGGUCUUGAAUUUAAAUCUUUUUAAGUAGUACCCGACUACCCGUCACAAAUAAAGUAAAACAUAUAUCACUCUUAUAAAAAUAAAGAGAUGUAUUCUCAUUAAAUAACCAUCUAUGUGUAAUGUAAUAUGCUCUGCUGUAAUUUAAAGCAAUACCUACUUGAAUAUGUGUUGAAAGGUAAGUUUAUCUUCUAUUAUGAUAUCAAAGGACAGUCUC